CGCUAGAACCAGGCGUUAAGCCCAAGCCCUGUCUACAUUUCUGUUGUGUUGUGAGGUGUGUAUUGAUUGAAGGUUGGGAGGCCGAAAAGGAAGACGGCGGGGGAGGAGGAGAAGUUUGUUACUCCACCAAAUGCAGAUGGUUCUUCAGUAUUUAACAGGUACAACCAGGUAACUGGUAAUGUUUUUCAGGCAAUGUCGUUUUGGUGGGGUGUGGGCGAUGCAUCUCCGUCAAUUUCUUUUCGUCCGGGUUCCAUGCUGUUGUUAGAAUAAAAGCAGAAACAAAUCUUUCCGCUGCUAUUGUUUGCUGGGAGAAAUUUCGCUAGGGGAACCUGGGUGGGUGUAGGAUAGGCGAUGACACAAGCCGAGAACAACAGUGAGACAGAUGGUACUAAGGAAACGGAAGCUUCUGCAGUAGCUUUCAACAGUCCAAAAGAGACUGUUAUGGAAGUGUCCGGUAAAGAAACAGAGACUCCUGUAGAAGCUUUCAGUAAACCAAUAGAUACUCCGAUUGAGACAUUGAGGAAGGCUCCUGCAGAAGCAUCAAAGGAGGCUCCUCCAGAAGCAUCCAAUAAACCACUAGAGACUCACUUUGAGACACCCGGUGAAACAGCACAGGUUCCUACAGAGACGUCAAAUAAAUCUUCAAAAAUGCCUGCAGAGACAUCCAGUAAACCAAAAGAGACUUCUGCAAAAGCAUUGUAUAAAUCAGAGUCAUCUGGAAAGAAGACCCUGAAACCUCUCAGGGCCAAAUCUAAAAUUGGGAAGAAAUCUCUGAUUGCAUAUAAUCUGAAAGUCAAGAAAAAUAAAGGUAGUCUGCAGGAUCGUGGGAAGAAAACAGAAGCUCCUGCAGAAGCAAUCAAUAAUCCAACAGAGACUCCUCUGGAGACAUCCAAUAAACCAAUAGAUGCUCCUCCAAAAGCACUCAGUAAAUCAGAGUCAUCUGGAAAGAAAACUGUGAAGGCCAAAUCUAAAGUAGGGGAAAAGUCUGUGGAUGUUAACAAUCGGAAAGCCAAAAAGAAUAGAGAGAGUCUGCAGGGUCAUGACAAGAAAACUUAUUCUCCUGCAGAAGCAAUCAAAAAUCCAAUAGAGACUUCUGUAGAAACGUCCAGUGAACCAACAGAGCUCAGUCCACAGGGUCAUGGGAAGAAAAGGAGGAGCAGAGUGCAAGGAUCAAAGAGCAAGAAGGAAAUAAACGACAAUGAAGACAGUGGUGUUGAGGUUCUGAGAUCAAGAAAAGAAAAUCAAUCAGGGAAUACAACAAAAAAAGAGCAUAGUAGAGAGAGCCAUAGGGUUCAAAAGUACCAAGAAAGCAUCAUUGAGUCAGAAAAAAGCCAACACAAACAGAAGACUAAAACCUCUGAUGGGUCAGAGAAGAAUUUAAACACUCAAAAAAACAAAGGAAAACAUGCAGAUAUAGAAAAGAGCCAAAGGAGUGGGAAGAAAGAAAAACUUGGUGGUCUUAUCUUCAUGUGCAGUGGAAAGACUAAGCCAGAUUGUUUCCAUUAUCGUAUUAUGGGUAUUUCAAUUGGUAAAAAAGAUCUUGUGUUGGGCAUCAAACCUGGGAUGAAGCUUUUUCUGUAUGAUUUUGAUCUUAAGCUUUUAUAUGGGGUUUACAGGGCAUCCUCUUCAGGUGGCGUAAAACUUGAGCCAAAAGCUUUUGGUGGGGCCUUCCCUGCACAGGUGAGGUUCAAUGUGGAGAAAGAUUGCCUUCCACUACCUGAGAGUGUCUUCAAGAAGGCAAUAAAGGAAAAUUACAAUGAGAAAAAUAAGUUCAAGACAGAACUUACAAUUCGACAAGUUAGGAAGCUUAUGGCACUUUUUCGACCAGCUGAAGUACAUUCUAGUGCUUUGUCCAUCUGCUCAGUGCAGGGUUCAAGAACACAUGAUGAAAGGAUUCGCAAAGAAGUAAGAGAAUCAUUGACACAUUCACACAGGGAUAAACAUGGCAGAGAUCCUCAUGCGAAUGAUGAUGCUAGGACUUAUCCAGUGCAUGUGGCAACUACACGAAGAAAAGAAUCUUCAAGAAAUUUAUUCAUGACUGAAAAGGAAUACCGAGCUUAUGGUCUUUCAGGAGAGAGAAGCCUGACCCACCCUUCUCAUAUCACUACUCCUCCUCUGGAUCCUUACCAGAGAGAUUAUGAAAGAAAGCACCUUAGAAGACACCAGAACCUGAUUUAUAGGGAGGCUGUCCCUGCACAAAGGGAAACCCUUCAUGCUGAUCCUUUCUACAUGGAUGACAAAGAAUAUCAGGUUUAUAGUCUUGGUGCCAGACAUGAGUUGCCAUCUGCAGCUCCUAUAACUGCAACGUCUACAACAAAUAUGGACUCCUUUGCAAAGGAUCCAUAUUACAGUUAUUACCACAGUGGUUCAUCUGUGGCACCUCUGAGGCGAGAGGGAGCCCCUUCAAGUUACUAUACUAUUAAUGGAAGUGGAGAUACUUAUUUAAUUGAAUCUGCUGAUCCCUUUCGAAGGAGAGAGACCGAUCCAGUUGAUAGGCUGUACUUAAAAUAUGAUGUUGAUCCUCUACUUGGUGACAGACAGAUAUAUCAGGCAGCUAAGCCUGAGCCUGUACCUAUGCCAGUUUCAUCUCGCUACUCUUUUCCAGGUCCAUUAUUCUCCCAUCGAUAGUUGAUCUUGUACUUAGAUGAAAGUCCCCUUUCUUUUUUCCUUUUUCUUAUCUUUUUGUGCUAAAAUUGAUAGUUGCCCUUUUUGUGGGCUUCGUCUGUUUUUAAAUUAUUUUUCCCUUCUAAAGAAUGUGUUUUUAUCUCUGA